AUGUUGCCUCAGACAAUCGAUACAAAUUUGGCCAACGAGACUGCUGACAUGGCUGAAGAAAAGGCGAGUCAACAUCAUUGGCAUUCCGAAGCUGAGGCGAGCAAUGGCCGGGAUAUGACGCCGGUCAUCAUGCCAGGCGGCGCAGCCACAACGAAGACAAAGAAGAAGAGGAGAGGCAAUAGAUCUGCAGCUCAGCGUGGUCCAACCGCAUUGCCGCGAAAUCGCGGGACAGGCUUUGAAGAGUACUUUGCCGACCCGCCGAUGACUCCAGACGAAGCCGAGGAAGAAAGAGUCGAAAUAUAUGCAAAAUGUCUUCCCUUUGAAGAGCGGAUUCAAUCUUGUAUUCAGCGCUUCCGGGCUAGACGUCGCCUGCAGGGGGAGCAAACUCGUUUUUUCGAUGAAUACCUCUUCCUUGGCGGCGUCGAUACCAGAGACAAUGCUUUCUCAGGUCUUGACCCCAGGGACUUGAAGGACCUCACACCAACCCAGCGUCGGGAAGCGACUGCUACCGAUAUCGUUCAUGGCGUCUGUGGAACAGAUGAUCAAUUUUACAACGGAGACAAUGAGAAUUGGUCUGUGGACUUUGCUGGCGUAGCAGCUGGCUAUUUCUCAACAUCCCUUGGCCAACUAACAGGAUUUGAGCCCAACAAGACUGAAUCUCUUAUUGGUCUUGUCGAAAACUUCCUUCGAUACGUUCUUCACCAUGAAGUCUGUCCAGAGUUCAAUGACAGCGUCACUGCCGCUUUGCAAGUUUGUGAUUUGCCUGGUUGUUUCAACUUGGCUGCGACCGAAUUAUUCUCGUCUGUUGAAUCUAGCGACUGGUCGUUUCUCACCUUCUCACGACCUGGGGGUUUUGAUCCCAAGACAACUUUUCUUGCUGUAUGCGCAUUGUGCGAUGAAUCCACGACAUUGGAUGAGUUUACCCAGGGCAGCCUCAAAGCAUCAAGACAGCAAUCCUACACCAUGGAAGUGUUCAAAAUCGAACUGCCCUCAUCCUCCAUGCUAGAUAAGUUUGUCGCACUCCGAAUCGAAGGAAGCGGGUACAACAUUGAGCCAGUUGGGAAGGUCUUCCUUGAACCUACGUUAAUUGAAGAUGGAUGGGAAAAUCCAAAGGGUGGCGACUCUCCGCAAGACAGAAGCAUAUGGGUAUACCUUGAAGUGUCACUUCUUGCGAACGUUGUGCCCAAGAUGAAGAUGGAUAUCACGCUCAUUGAGCUGAGCACGGGCAUAUGGUUCAUCAAGACCAUUUCCAGGAUUGUCCCAUCCUUCUACACGUUCUUGCCACAGCAAUUGAUGCGACAUUAUAAACAGCCGCGAGAUGACGACCGACCUGCGCCGUCCAUUCAUGAUCCAGCCACAGACGAGGUCGAGGCGAGUCACCAAUGA